AUCGAUGCAUCCAGUGUUUAGGGGAUGAUGGGACGACUUUCCGCAAAGCGCAUUUGCAACGACGAAGCACCGCCAUGACCCAAGAAUGCGAGCUGCUGGACGACAUGGAGAAGCGCUUGAAGAAGCGCGCGUACAUCCGAACCUUCAUGAAGACGUACCGGAAAAAGGAGAAGCGGGGCCACGAACAGCUCAAGGCCCAAAAGGUGCAGCUCGAGAACGAAGUCCGCGCCAUGUUCCUGUCCACGGGGCGGUAUGUCCGCACCAAGACGAUGUUGUCGUGGAAGGACAUUGCCAGUGCAUUGGCCACAAGCAAGAAUGAGGUUCUGGACACGAACCAGCAGCUGCGAGCUCAAGUGAUGUCUCUGCAUGGCAUUGUUCAGGAAAUGCACCACUGGGCGGGGAUUGUGCGUCCGUUGACCGUGACCUCGUCAUGGCGCAACGUGUCCCUGCCAGCGUCGCCUACAUCUCGAUCGUUAGCGAAGGACUGGAUCUCCCGUCAAUUGCUUGAGCAAAUGAAUCGUGUGCUCACGUCGCAGCCAUUUCCUGCAGAUCACGCCAAGUAUCACGACUGGGACAUGAUCUUCUCCGACGACGACAGCCACUUUCACAUCAAGCAAUGCUCGCAGUUCGUAUGGGACGUCCCCAUCGAGUCCGUCGUCACGCUGUACUACCGGCACGCGUGCUCGGCGUUGUGGCUCGACGGCCACCAACCGCUCGGGCUGCAGUCUUUAAAGGAAGAAACCGAGCAAACGACAUUGCAUCAACUGAUUUCGCGGGCCGGAGAGCAUGUGAACCUGCUCAGCGGCAUCUCCCGAGGCAAAGACUGUUGCCAUAUUGUCCUCAAGCAAAUCCAAGACGACGAGAGCUUUGCCUUGAAUGGCCGCCGCCAGCGGAAUCGCACGGCGUGGCUCGAGAUCAAGCGGCUGUCGGCGACCAAGACCCAGCUUCGCGUGUACUGUGAAACGUCUCAGAACUUCACCAACGACGGGUACACGUCCGUGGAUGUCGAAGCCAAGCGGGUUUCCGUGGACGUCAAUGGCCUCAGCGACCACAUGAAGCGCACGACGCUGCGCAACACGAUGGUGUCCCGCACGAAUGUGGCCCUGGCCAUGGCCAACGACAACAUGAUGAAAUUACUCGUGCAAGUCGAUACGUCAUCGUAACACGAAGAUUUCAAAGAGCAACAUUUUCAUUGGACCAAAUUGGCCACC